AUGCCAGAAACACUCGACCGCGCCCUCUCCUCACUGUCCAUCCACUCGACGGAUUCACAGCAGGAGGACGACUGGGACCGCUCGCUCACCAUUGAUUCAAAUGGUGCCUCCACCUCAACACAACCCCCGAAUGCAAACGCGACAGUCUCCCUCCUCACCAGCACGACCCCGCGCAACUCCAUAGUCUUUCCGGCCGACACCAACCUCACGCCUGGAAGGGCGACGCGGUAUAGCUCGGACGAGGGGGUCCCUGAGGAGAUCAGGGAGAGUGGGAGGGCGGAGGGCAAAGGGGGGAAGAGGACGCUGAGCGAGCUGCUGCGGCUGCAUUCGGAGAAGGGCAGUGGGAGUGGGGGCGUGUUUAGCGCGGAGGAGGCGGCGCGAAUCGCGGAUGUGCUGGGGCAGUGGAUAAACGCCUCAUCAUCGCCAUACGAAGGCGACGCGUGCGCGGAUGACGACUUCUUCGCGAGAGCCGCGCAGGCACAGGACGACCUUUCUUAUGGCUCGCUGCCAUCUGAGCGCAGACCCGACGGUGGUCUGGCAGGGAGGCCGAGAGGGAGGAGUGAGAGCUCGAGUUCGAAGCUGAACGUACCGGUGAAUGCUGGCUCGAGGCCCCCGAGUUCGUUGGGUGUAUCGUCGUAG